GAGAGAGAGACAUAAACAAUGUCCGAGAACAAAGCUCAAGUGAUUGUCAGAAUGCUCCAAGGCUGCAACAGCAUGACCAAACUCCUUAAGAUCCACUCCCACGUCAUCACCAACGGUCUCCAACACCACCCUUCAAUCUUCUCCCACCUCCUCCGCUUCUGCGCCGUCUCAAUCACCGGCUCCUUACCCCACGCGCUCCUCCUCUUCCGACACUUCGAUUCAACACCAUCAACAACCGCUUGGAACUACCUCUUACGUGGCUUCUCAGCAUCACAAACUCCUCUCUCUUCCCUCCUCUUCUACAAUCAAAUGCUAAUCCUCUCCACACGCCCCGACAUCUACACUUUCAGUUUCGUCUUAAAAGCUUGCGAGAGAAUCAAAUCAGUUACGAAAUGUCGGGAGAUUCACGGUUCUGUAAUCCGGUCUGGUUUUCAAACCGACAACAUUGUCUCCACUAGUCUACUUCGUUGUUACUCUGCUUCUGGAGGUAUUGAUAUUGCGUUCAAGGUGUUCGACGAAAUGCCUGUGAGAGAUUUAAUCUCUUGGAACGCGAUGAUCUCUUGCCUUUCGCAUUCCGGUUUACACCAUCAAGCCUUGAGUAUGCAUAAGAGGAUGGAGAAAGAAGGUGUGGGCCUCGACGCGUACACGGUGGUUGCUCUGUUAUCGUCUUGUGCUCAUGUAAGCGCGUUGAACAUGGGAGUUAUGUUACACAGAAAGGCCUGUGAUGUUCGAUGUGUGGGGAGUGUUUACGUGGGGAAUGCUCUUAUUGAUAUGUAUGCGAAAUGUGGUGUUCUUGAGAACGCUGUUAGUGUUUUUAAUGGGAUGGGGAAGAGAGAUGUUACGACGUGGAACUCGAUUAUUAUGGGGUAUGGAGUUCAUGGGAAAGGGGUGGAGGCUAUCUCGUUUUUCAGAAAGAUGGUGAGUUUAGGGGUUAGACCUAAUGCUAUUACUUUUCUUGGAUUGUUGUUAGGUUGUAGUCAUCAGGGUUUAGUCAAAGAAGGAGCUGAGCAUUUCGAAAACAUGAGUUCAGAGUUUAAUCUGAGCCCGAAUGUUAAGCACUAUGGAUGCAUGGUGGAUCUUUAUGGACGAGCUGGGGAGUUUGAUAAGGCGCUGGAGAUGAUACACGUGUCUUUUUGUCAUGAAGAUCCUGUGCUGUGGAGAACACUCCUUGGCUCUUGCAAGAUCCACAAGAAUUUGGAACUUGGAGAGUUAGCUAUGAAGAAGUUGGUGCAGCUCAAGGCUUUCGAUGCAGGGGAUUAUGUGCUUAUGACUUCUAUAUAUUCUGCAGCGAAUGAUGCUCAAGGCUUUGCUAACAUGAGGAAGCUGAUGAGAAGCCAUGAGUUACGGACAGUUCCAGGGUGGAGUUGGAUUGAGAUUGGUGAUCAAGUUCAUAAGUUUGUGGUUGAUGACAAAACGCAUCCAGAGUCUACACUUAUUUACUCAGAACUGCAAAAAGUUGUUAUCCCUCGCGCCAUAGUAGCUGGUUACAAGCCAGAGGAGUCGAAUGUUACUGGUCCAGGUUUCUCUGAUAGGUGUUUAGGAUCUGCGUUUCACAGUGAAAAGUUGGCUAUUGCUUAUGGAUUAAUGAGAACUCCUGCAGGAACAGCUCUCAGGAUCACAAAGAAUCUUAGAGUUUGCAGAGAUUGUCAUUCGUUUACAAAAUGUGUGUCGAAAGCAUUCAACAGGGAUAUUAUUGUAAGGGAUAGAGUUCGGUUUCAUCACUUUGCAGGUGGUCUUUGUUCUUGCAACGACUACUGGUGA